CGGUCAUUUCUAGUGCCCAGGCCCCAACUCGUUUUKGUAGCGGGGAAUUUAAAACAAAUUUUAUUUCAUUUCGAGCUUUUUGACAAUGGUACACGAACAUCGUGCGCAGGGCCUGGGGGAUAACUAACCCACUCCCACCCUCACCACUAACUACAGUACCGGUCUCGAGUAAAGUACCAUCCGCUUUCGAGUACUCGAACUCGAUAYGGACCCGCGAGUUUCGAGUAUAGAGUGAAACAAUGACAGUUAAUGAAGCAGCGAAAACAAUGCUACUCGCUUUCACUCUUUACUCGAGACUCUAGAGUGUUUUGAGUGGAGCGUUUCGAACUUAAAUUACGGAAUCAAAUUCACACGAAAGUUAACAGAAUAGUUUAAUUGUGGCUAUGACAAUUUUGCUUUGGUUAUCAAUAUGCUUCACUUGUAAGCAAAAAUGAACUGGCCUUUAAUGAUUACCUGUUACAGCGAAAGUGAACGAAUAAGAAACCAUACUAAACACCAGCAAACURUGAAUCURCACGAAGAUAUUUCCAAGCGUGUUUUGAGACUAAUCUCGCCUUUCCCAUGCCGCUCAGCAGUUCUAUCAAAAAUUAAAACAACCGAAUCGUACUGUUUUUACAAGGUUCUUUAAGCUACUAAAGUUUAUACUGUCCUUCAUAAAGCUGAAGGUUUAAUCAGAAUUUUGUCAGGAUAAGUGUCCAAACAAAUUUGUUCUCUUUUGGCUAGUCGCCAAAACAACUAAAUAUUUCAAUCAGCUACAAUCAUGAUAACAGUAAGAGAUAAAAGCGGUUUCUCAUGCUUUCAUUUUAGAAAAGUUAAUCACAGGUUGUUACGGAGUUUGAAGAACAUAACGAUAUAUUGCAGAAAUUGAUAAAAUAUGCUUUGAUAAUAACAAAAAAUACUAAAUUAUGCAAGAAAACAGAACAAAUAAGCUUCCCAAAGUGCUUUUAACACUGCCUAUACAGCGGAAUGACGAGACAGUAGGGACCUUAAGCAUUAAGACGCGAGAGCGGAUGACGAGGUACCGGAUGUGGAUUUUUGUUUCCGGUCAUGUGCAUGUGAUGUAAUCAAGCAAGUUUUGCCGCGUCUUCGAGUUUCUGCGACGUGAAUAGGGCUGUUUUGACGUCUUGGGACRACGUGCCAUAUUUUUCAGCUGUUUUUUUUAAGGUAAGACUAAAUUUAGGACUGCUAAAGUGUUUUUCAAUCAUACAAGUACUAUUUGUGUAAAUUUGGGAGAAAAAGAAGCUAAAUAUGUGUUUUUUCUUAAUAUAAGAUGAGUCUUCAGUUCGUUCCGUGUGAGCCCUCUCCCAGCAAAGCUUCAAAUCGACCAAAACAAUCGAAUGUUAUGUUUUGGACAGAAGAGCACGAUAUAUUAAUGUGCAGAGAAAUAUUAGCUGUAGACCCAUUUGAUACUAAAAAAGGAACCUCUCUGAGAGGAGAUAAAUGGAAAGCUAUUGCAGACAACUUGAUGGCUAUACAAGCACCAAAAUUUAAGGUGGAAGCAAGAUCAAUCAGAGAUAGAUACAGGUUGCUCUCUUAAAAAGUAAAGAGGAAGUUGAAUCAGGAAAAAAAUGCCUCAGGCAUUGAGACGGAUAUGAACGAAUGGGAAACAGCUAUCAAAGAACUACUAGAAAAAGAAACAGAAAGUGAUGCUGUGAAUGAUACAGAAACAGACCAAAAGAAUAAAGYAAAGGAGAAAGAAAGGCGGGAGGCAGAAGGGAUGCGAAUGAAAGCAAUGGAAAGAAUGGGAAAAAAGAAAGCCGUGAGUGACGAGGGCGAAGAAAGGCCUAAGAAACGAAGAUCAAAUGGAAGUGACACCUUAGUGUAUCUCAGAGAAAGAGGUGAAGCAUUGGAGAAGACCAGGGCAGAAGAAUGUGAAUUGAAAAGGAAAGAAAUAGAACUUCAGGAGAAAAAGCAUGAAGACUUCAUGAAAGUCAURGUUGCACAAUAGCAGCAACAAGCAAAGCAAAUGCAGGACUUUCAAGCUAUGAUGCUUGCAAUGGCCACAAGAAUGGGCCAAAAGUAAACUUUCAAAAGUAAACUUUCAAAAGUAAACUUUCAAAAGUAAACUUUCAAUGUUGUGUAAAACAAUUGUUGACCCUCAAGUUUUGAUAUCCAAGAAAUUUGAUGUGUUAAAGUUUUCCAUUCUCCCUAGCUAUGGUGCAUACUAAGCGUGCAUUCACAUUAAGGCAAGUUUACAGAAAUGAAAGAUUUAUUGGAUAGAAGCAUUUUGAUGUUGAUAACAGUUAAAGAAUCUAUUGUUAUCAAAGUUAUAUUUAUUGUAAACAAAUCAUUAUUAUUUAUAAAUAAGAGAUAUCAAAAUUAUACCAGUUUCAUUUAAACAUUCAUGUACUUUGCAAUAAUUGCAAAAUGUAA